AUGUCUUUGUCCCCCACGGAGGGCUCAAACUCGACAGCCGUGACCUCUACGUCCUCCGUUUCCUCGUUCUCGACCGCUUCCUUAUCGUCUUCCAUGUCCAUGUCCUCGUCCUCCUCCAAUUCUUCCUCUGCUCUUCAUUCGUCCGCUUCAUCCUCACCUUCCUCAAUGCCCGAUCCUACGACCUUAAGCUCAAUAUCUGACGACCCUCCUCCCUCUUCCACCAUAGACUCGUCGCAGGCUAGCGACCCCACCUCCUCUGCCUCCGACCCCACGUCGAGCACGACAACGGAGACGACCUCUUCUACUUCUGUCUCUACGGGGCCCAGUGGGACGGCGACAGGUCCAACGAACACCGAUACAAAUACUGCCACCAACACCAACACCGAUACAUUAACUACCCCAACGGAUACGGCCACAACUUCCACCACCGGUACUGAUACCGGCACAGCGACAUUCACCGGUUCAGGCCCAACAUCUAGUACCUCGGGCGUAACCUCGGCUCCCAGCACUUCCAGCUCAAGCCUGGUCGUCUCGUCCCAGACAAGCGUCUCCACUACCGUCUUCGUCACUACGAAUGCCCAGGGUCGAGCGACUACCGUGACUGAGCAAUCCACCCAAAUUGUUUUAUCUACGCAAACGGCAAGCAGCAGCAACAACUCCGGAGGAUCCUCCGACACCGGAGCCAUCGUGGGCGGCGUUGUCGGUGGAGUAGCUGCGAUCCUGCUUGCCCUGCUGCUUCUCUGGUGGCUGCGCCGCAGACGCUCCAAAGAUAACUUUGACGGCAAUUUCGACCCUGACCGUGUGGUUCGGCACUCGGGCGGCGCUAACCUCGACCUCGGCGAGGCUGCUCAAGUCGAACCGUACACCCUCGGCGUUGGUGGCAACACGAACACGUCUCCGAGCGCAACAAGCGCCGGUUUCGCGGGCAUGGGCGCCGGGGCCGGUGCGGAAAUGACCCAGUAUGGCGACCAACGGACCUCACUGGCUCAUUCACAUUCGAUGACCUCUGCCUCGCAUUCUGGAUCCGGACCCAGCCAGGGCUAUGCACCUGCCGCGGCCGCCGGCUACUAUGGAGGUUCUAGCACGAGCCAGAGCGGCAGUCAUCCCAUGAGCGCCAAAGAGCGUGAAGCACAACGGCUACGGGUCGCAAACGACACUUCUGGCCAAUCCGCAGGCGGUCCUAGUGGGGUUUAUGUCCAUUCCGACGGUGGACGCAUUCCGGAGGAAGUAGAGCAAUCUCCACCCAACGAGAUUCCGCCGACGCAUCACUCUGAUUCCCCCUCCCCCUCCAUUCACGACACCCUCCCAGGUGUCGUCCAGUUCCACGUCGACAUCGACAGACGUGCCGUCGUCUUCUACCACGACGAGCGAGACCACGUCUACAACGGACACUUCAUCUACUUCGAUUUCUACCACGGAUACCACCAGCUCGACGUCAACCUCCACCUCGACCUCCGACACGUCCACGUCUACUUCGUCAACGACCUCCACAUCCAGUACCACGUCGACGACAUCAACGUCCACAACAUCGUCGAGCACCACCAGCACCACCAGCUCGUCCACUACAAUGGCGUGGCGGUCACGAUCACUGUGGUCACACAGACCACGCCCUCGAGCUCCGCGACCAGUGCAGUAGCGAGAAAGAGCACCACGUUCUUCCACAACACCGGCGCCGUCGCGGGAACGUUUUCCGCCGUAGGGGUCAUAGCACUCGUGAUCUUCGCGUAUAUUGUCACAAUGGCCAUCCGGAGACGACGCGCGAGGAGGUUUGAUGAAGAAGUUGACGAGGCUGCCCGUCGAGCCUAUCAGGAGGCGGAGGCCACCAAGGCCAACAUCGACUAUCGAUACAUGGACGACGACGAUGCCUAUCCUCACGGUGGAGUAGGCGCUGGAGGCAGAAUGUACGGCGGGGACGAACCCUACAAUCAGUUUGGCUCAGGCUACGGAACGUCGUCGUAUGGCACUAGCGGAGAUAAGCAUGAUGCAUUCAGUCAUACAACGGACACCACCCACGGUACCAUGGCACAACCACCUAUGAUGGCCGAUCAUUAUGUUCCGCCCGUUCCGGUCAUGGGCGGGUACGAGAGUUAUGGCAUGCAGGAUUUGAAUCACGCACCGGGCGUCUACAAUACUGGCGCUCCAGCGUUUGAUCCCUACGCAGCCGCAAGCAUGGAUCUGUCAGCAGUGCCGCCGGGACCCGGAGGGGCUGCGGGUAUUGGUGCGGGAGCUGCUGCAGUCGCUAGGCAAAAGAGCAUGCGCGAGCAGGGUCGUCAAAGUGUUCAGCCACACCAUGCCUUUGCUGGCCCUACGAUGCCAUCGCCGUUCACCGACGCAUCUCAUGAAUUAUUGAUGGCUGCCGGUCUUGCCGACUCGUCUUCGGCAGCUGCUACGUCGCUCGCGCGGAACCCAUCCCAACAACUCCUACGAUCCAAGUCGAGCAAGUCUAAUCCGUUGUCGACGUCCACUUCUGGCGCUUCCGACGAAGACGGUGUUUACCGAAACGUCAAUCGUACCCCAUCCAAUCCUGGGCUCCUGCGCCAGAAAUCGACGACCACCAUGCUCCCCUCCUACUCGGAGUCGGUUCCUCCACCUCAGAAUGCUCGUUCUCGUCGAUCUUCAAACCCCCUGCAGCCGCAGCCAAGUGAUGCCUCGCCGCCGCCGCAACCGCAGGAAAGCUACGCGUCUCACUAUGCUAGCGACUCGCAACACCCGGCCGCCGGAAGUGGCAAACCUCGAAGCAGGCCCAACUCCCUGGUGCUGGAUACAGCCCUUGCCGCCCCGACGAAACGCAACUCGCAACUGAUGCCUGAUUCGGGUAACCCGUACGGGGGCUACGCGACGCCGACGCCCCUUCCACGCGAGCACACGCAGAACUCGUCGCCAAGUCCUCGGAGCAGCGAUGACGACGCUAACUCUCCAAGGGGAUUGGAUCCACCCACGCCCGGUUACGCCGACGGAGAUCCCAGCCGUCUCAGCUUGCAGGAUGCAGAUGACUACGGCUUCGGCGGGGGCAAGCGUGUACUCAGGGUUGCCAACGAAUAAGCCUUCAAAUAUUUGCCCCCGCAGUCGGGACUGCGUCCCUUUAUACAGUUCUCAUUCCCUUCCGAUUGCUGUGUCCGAACGAACUGUUGUCUUCUCAUGUUCUUUGAAUCCGCGCUGCGGACGAUCCGACCCAUUUCGUUCUUUGCUCCUGUAGUGUGUCGAGUUGAUGCGCUGUGGUUUUUAUUGCUAAUUAGGGUUGUUGCGACGGCAAUGUCAUUCGCGUUUUCAUAUGGCGCUCGGUGAAUCAUGGUGAUUAAGGUAGAAUGACAUGUGCGUUGCCGUU